AUGAGCUACUUGGAUGAGGAAGAUGAGAAUGAGAGGUUAUUCGCAUUUCAAAGAUUACUUGAUGGAUCUAAGAAUGCUUCAGAACGUAUAGUUGAUAUACCGACAUUGAGGAAACUGUGUGAAAGAGGUAUACCGAAUCAUCCACCUCAUUUAAGACCAUUAGCAUAUUCUUUACUACUAGAGACGCUACCUCCUGAAAAGAAUAAAUGGAAAUCUACUCUAAAGAAUCAAAGAUAUAAGUAUUAUAACCUCGUCAAAACGUUCAUGGAUGACCUGGAAUCAUUACCUAGAUCAUCCUCGUCCUCGUCCUCGUCCUCGUCCUCGUCUUCUUCUUCUUCUUUAUCUACAAGUGAUAAAGUAUUAUUAGAGAUCUCGAGGGAUAUCAAGACUCUACAUCGAUCAUCUUUCUGGAAAUCACGUACUGUGCCUACUAAAUCAUCACCUUUUAGACCUUUGAAAGAUUCUCGACUUCCCAGUCGAGGCAAUGCCGAUGUCGAUGAUGGAAAUGAUGAUGACAUUGAUGAUGAUGAUGAAGACGACGAUGACUUUGGUCGUGCAGAUGGCACCCGUACAAGACCACAGCCAAUACUAUCUAGAAGAGCUAUAUUCAAGCGCAUAGAUAUGCUCAACGAAGCUGAACAUAAAAAUGGGUUUGGUAAUUCUAGGAAUCAUAGUACAUCAUUGCAGCAGAAUACGAAUCGCAAUAGAAAUACAAAUGGAACCUCCAAGGAAGAAGAGGUUGAAGUCGAAGCUGAAGCUGAAGUCGAAAUCAUGUCACCUAAAAUAACACUUUCGAUUGAUCCUACACCGCCUCCCAUGUUAUCUAGAUUAGAAACCAUCAAACCUCCUCCUCUCACACUCGACACGAAUACCUCUUCUCUACUACUCAGUAGUAAUAACAAAGACAAUGGUAAAUCCAAUUCACCUAUAACUCUACUAUCACCCAAACCAUUACCUACAAGUACGAUUUCACCAAGACAAUACUCGGGUUCAAUGUAUCAUGCCGAAACUCAUCUGGAAUCACUGACCAGAUUAACAUAUAUAUUCAUCAAAUCACAUCCUCAACUGAAAUAUCAAUCUUCCAUUCUGGAUAUAACUUCAAUCUUAUACAUGAUUCAUUCAGGUUGUAACAUGAAUCAUAACAAUAAAAAUAACAGUAAAACAAUAAAGUAUGAAGUGUCACUAGAUUACAUAGAAGAAAAUACAUUUUGGUGUUUGUCUUCUCUAUCGAGUGAAUUGAUAGAUACAUUAUUCAUUGAUGAAGGAUCGACAAUCAACCUGCAUCUCAAAAAAUUGUCCAGUCGAUUGGAAUGGAUAAAUAAACCGUAUUAUGAUGUUCUCCAAAAAAGGAAUUUGGAUAAUACUUUAUAUGGAUAUAGAUGGUUUAAUCAUUUAUUCAUAAAAGACAUCAAACAAAUUCAUUUACCUAAAUUAUUCGAUUUUAUUAUCUCUCAAUCACCUUCGACACCUAAUUCACAACCUAAAUUAGAUAUCAUAAUUGAUAUUGCUUUAUCGAUGUUAUUACUGGUUAAAGAUCAUUUACUAUAUAACAACGCCAAUAAUAGAAUCAACAUCAACAAUGAUAACAACAAUACCUCGUCGAGGAGGAAGAAGAGGAACAUUGGAUUAUGGGAAGAAGAAGGGAAUUAUCAAUAUGACCAAUAUCAAUUUGAUGAUGUCCAAGACCAAAAUCUCAUUUUUGUGAGGAAUUUAGAAAUACUAAGGAAUUAUCCAUUAAAUGAAAUUGGAGGUAUUGAAGCUAUAUUAGAUAUGGCAAGACAAGUACAAGAAGCUAGGAUGGACGCUAUUUCACAAGGAGAAGACAUUGAUCAUAUCCAUUCUUCAGAAAGUACUACUCAAUCUAAAGAACCGGGUGUAAUUGAAACUACUACUUCAUCAUGGUCAAAAGCGAUCGGUUCAUUCUGGUCAAGUAAAUCAAAACAGACCUCUCAAGCUCCGUCAACCCCCAGACAAGAGCACAGAUCUACCGAUCUCAUCGAAAAGUCUUCUCAUGUCAACGGUGAAGCUGGUACCGGUGAGAAUCCUAAAAUCGAAGGGAUUAACCAGUCCCAGGCUCAGAUAUCAACAUCGAGUGUUUCAUCAUCGAAGUCGAUAACUGAGCGUUUAGCAUCAUUGACAUCUUCAACACCACCUACUAAGCUUACCCAAACUGGGAAUCAAGAUGCGUUAUCGCAAUCACCUUUACCCCGACCAUUGUUAUUAUCAGGUUCAGCACGUAGGGUCAGUUCGAGUUCAACCAGAUUAUUAUCUCGAAGAGAUUCGAAUUCAAGUGUGACUUCAAACUCUUCUUCUUUCAACGUCGAUCGUAACCCUAACCCUUCAAAGUCAUCCCCACCUCCAUCAUUCUCAAGUGGUAACGAAGCGAUACUGAGUCCUGCAUUAUCAUUGAGAUCGCCUCCUUCACACAUCGGGUCAGGAUCGGGUUCAGGUGGUUUAUAUAGGAUUGGAAGUAGACAAAGAUCAAGGAGUUCUUUGACUCUUUCAUUGACUGAAGAUAUAAAGAGAGACCUGGAUUAUGGUGUUACAGGCGAUAGUAAGGAUCAGGAUGUAAAUCAACAGAAAAGGGAAUGA